GUGAUUCCCGCCAAAAGUAGAAGUGCAUACGGCGUGCGACGGCUGCAAAUCGCCUGCUUGUUGUUUCAUUGUUAAGUUAUUGUUGAAAAUGGCACACGACGCGGAACAGUACAUUAAGGAUAUACAGCGAGAGUAUGUGGAUUUUCUGGACGAUGACGAGGAUCAGGGCAUCUAUGCGGGCCACGUGAAGGACAUGAUUGCCGAGAAGAGCAAGCGCCUGGUUGUCAAUAUCAACGAUCUGAAGCGCAAGAAUCAGCAGCGCGCCCUCGGUCUGCUGAGCAACGCCUCCGAUGAGCAGCUGGCAUUUGGGCGUGCCCUCAAGGAAUAUGUGUCGACUGUCGAUCCCAGCUAUGCGAAAGGGCACGAGGAUUUCUUUGUGGGGUUCGAGGGAUGCUUUGGCAAUCGUCAUGUGACGCCACGUUCCCUGACAUCCAUCUAUUUGGGCAAUCUGGUGUGCGUGGAGGGCAUUGUCACAAAGGUAUCGCUCAUCCAUCCAAAGGUUGUGCGCAGCGUCCACUAUUGUCCAGCGACGCGCAAAGUGCUCGAACGCAAAUACACAGAUCUGACCUCAUUCGAGGCAGUGCCAUCGAGCGCCGUUUAUCCCACCAAGGACGAUGAUGGUAAUCUGCUGGAAACCGAAUUCGGUCUGUCUGUCUAUAAGGAUCAUCAGACACUGACCAUACAGGAAAUGCCAGAGAAGGCGCCAGCUGGACAAUUGCCACGCUCUGUGGAUAUUGUUUGCGAUGAUGAUCUUGUCGAUCGCUGUAAGCCAGGCGAUCGGGUCCAAAUUGUUGGCAAUUAUCGCUGUCUACCCGGCAAGCAUGGCGGCUACACCUCUGGCACCUUUCGCACUGUACUCCUGGCGAACAAUAUCUCGCUGCUCAGCAAGGAUAGCAAUUUGGAUAUCUCAAGAGAGGAUAUUAUGCUGUGCAAGAAACUGGCCAAGAACAAUGAUAUAUUUGAGCUGCUCAGCAAGAGUCUGGCACCGUCCAUCCAUGGCCAUACGUUUGUUAAGCAGGCCAUACUCUGCCUGCUGCUUGGCGGUGUCGAGAAAGUCCUGCCCAAUGGCACUCGCCUCCGUGGCGAUAUCAAUGUGCUGCUCAUCGGUGAUCCGUCCGUUGCCAAGUCGCAGCUGCUCCGCUAUGUGCUCAAUACGGCACCGCGUGCCAUACCAACAACGGGUCGCGGCUCCAGUGGCGUUGGUCUAACAGCUGCCGUCACCACGGAUCAGGAGACGGGCGAACGUCGACUGGAGGCCGGAGCGAUGGUCCUUGCCGAUCGUGGCGUUGUCUGCAUCGAUGAGUUUGACAAGAUGAGCGACAUUGAUCGUACGGCCAUUCACGAGGUGAUGGAACAGGGACGCGUCACCAUUUCCAAGGCUGGCAUACAUGCCUCCCUCAAUGCACGUUGCUCGGUGCUGGCGGCCGCUAAUCCUGUCUAUGGACGUUACGAUCAAUAUAAGACGCCAAUGGAGAAUAUUGGUUUGCAGGAUUCGUUGCUCUCCCGUUUCGAUUUACUGUUUGUCAUGCUGGACGUCAUUGAUAGCGAUGUGGAUCAAUUGAUAUCCGAUCAUGUGGUGCGCAUGCAUCGCUAUCGUAAUCCUAAGGAGGCCGAUGGCGAACCCCUGACCAUGGGCAGCUCCUAUGCCGAUUCGCUGGCCUUUGUCUCCAACACGGAGGAAAAAAAGGAUACAGAGGUAUAUGAGAAAUAUGAUGCACUGCUGCAUGGUAAAUCGCGCAAGCGCCACGAGAAGAUACUCUCCGUGGACUUUAUGCGCAAAUACAUACACAUUGCCAAGUGCAUGAAGCCGAAGUUGACGGAACAGGCCUGCGAGGCUAUCGCCAAUGAAUAUUCCCGUUUGCGCUCCCAGGAAGCUGUCCAAUCGGAUGUCGCACGCACACAACCAAUAACGGCGCGCACGUUGGAAACACUGAUCCGUUUGGCAACGGCGCAUGCUCGCGCCCGCAUGUCCAAAACGGUGACCAUGGACGAUGCCCAUGCGGCAAUCGAGCUGGUGCAGUUUGCCUACUUCAAGAAGGUGCUGGAGAAGGAGCGUGCCAACAAGCGGCGUCGCAAUGGUGCCUCCUCCGACGAGGAAGAGCAAGAGCAGCAGCAGCCGCCGACGUCGUCGUCGUCAUCCACAGAUGCCACACAGACACGUUCACCGACGCGUCGCCCCAAACGCACACGCGUCGAACCAGACACGGAUGCCAUGUACGACAGUGAUGAGGAGGAUAUUGAGACGCCACAGCCAGAUGCUGGCGAUCUGACACGUCGCGAGACGCGACGCUCGCUGCCGUCAACCACUGUCAACGGCACGGCCAGUCAAAUCGGUACGGAGACCACCUCCAGCAGUGGCGCCACUCCAACGCCCGCCACAAUUACGGAUGCACGUCUGGGUGUAUUUAAGAAUGGAUUGCAACGUUUGUACCGCGAGGCACGCGAACAGAGCUUGCCGCUGCAUCGCAUCACGGCUGCCAUCAAUGAGAAUAAUGCGGACCAGUUUUCGCCGGGUGAAAUCGAUGCCGCAAUGCAUCGCAUGACCGAAGACAAUCAGAUAAUGGUCGCCGACGAUAUUGUCUUUCUCAUCUAAUCGUCUCCCCAUACACAUAUUUAUAUCCGAAGCAUACACACAUUUCCAGCGCAUACCUGCAUAUAUCAAUAUACACACAUCCAAUUUGAUUGUGUCUCCCUCAUUUCCGUACAAAUUUUUAUGUUUUUUUUUUUUUUUGGUUUAUCUGAAUGUUUAUAAUAAAAACUUGGAGCUCUCAUGCAAUUCAA